AUGAAGUACACCAUCCUCGCACUCGCUGUCCUCGCCGUAUCACUCCCAGUGUCUGCCGUGAACGGUCCUUGCACCGCGAACGGCACGCCUGGAGUCUGCAUCUCAACCUCCUCGUGCAGCAGUGGUGGCGGCCAGUCGUUCUCCGGGCUAUGUCCCAAUGAUCCUGCGGAUGUGAGGUGCUGCGUCAAGACAUCCUGCGGAGCCGGGGGAAAUUGCCGUUUCACCUCUUCGUGCACCACUGGAAACACAGCAGGAGGCCUUUGUCCUGGGCCAGCAACCUUCCAGUGCUGCCUCCCCGCAAGUGGAGGUGGAGGUGGAGGUGGAGGAAGUGGAGGCUGCCCACCCGUCAGUGCGGCUACCAUAAACAUGAUCAAAUCGUUCGAGAAGUUCGUCCCGAGUCCCGCCCCGGACCCAGUGGGAAAACUCACCGUUGGCUACGGUCACAAAUGCAUUCAGCCAGGCUGCAGCGAAGCGGGCCCCUUCCCACUCACCGAAGCCGGUGCAGUCGCCCUCAUGCAUCGCGACCUCCGCAUCGCCACAACCUGCCUGAGCCCAGCGAUCAGCAGCACCGUGAGGUUGAACGACAACCAGUUUGGCGCGCUGGCAGAUUGGGCGUUCAAUGUGGGGUGCGGAGCGAUGAGGCGUUCGACUUUGGUCAGCAGGCUGAAUAGUGGGGAGAAUCCGAACACCGUGGCGGCUCAGGAAUUGCCGAAAUGGAAUGUGGCAGAGGGGCAUGUGUCGAACGGCCUCAUCAGGAGGAGGGCAGCGGAGGUUGUCUUGUUCCAGACCGCGUCAAGCGUUAUUGCCCACCCGUGCUAG